CUUCUUUGUUUUCUCAUGAACCAAACUGAUAUUUUGUCUUCUUCUAGUACGCUUUCUCCUUUAAAUAAAGGUACAUUGAUACUUUUUCAUUUGAGAAAAUCUUGUAGGAGGCUGAGGUUUUGUUGAAAUCCUUGGAAGAAGACAUAUCAUAACUUAAAUAUGAGUGUUGCUGGUUCACUUUUUGGUGGACUCAACAUUGGAGGAAAUGUUGAAAGACCUAUAGCCAAUGUGGUGGAGAAUUUUAGUUUGAAAGCAUCAACAAAAGGGAGGCUUUGGCAUUCCAUUGGGAUGGUUAAUAAGAGAGGAGUGACCUUUGACAGUUUUCUGAGGCAUUGUGGUUUGGUUAGUGGUGAAUCCAUAUCUAAUGCUGGAUUAAGUCAUUCUAAUGUGCAGGAUGAUAUUGCAUCAGAAAAUAGCGACUUGAUGAAACAGAAAAUGCUACCCCAAAUUCCAAGUGUGACAACCGAGCUUAUAAUGCUUUCUUUACCUGCAAUUGUUGGGCAAGCAAUUGAGCCUUUAGCACAAUUGAUGGAGACUGCUUAUAUUGGCAGAUUGGGAGUGCUGGAGUUAGCAUCUGCUGGUGUUUCCAUGUCAAUUUUCAACAUCUUGUCCAAGGUUUUCAAUAUUCCUCUCCUUAGUGUGGCAACUUCAUUUGUGGCAGAAGACAUUGCAGCAACUACAAUCAAAAGAUCCAUUUCAGGUAACACAAAUGUGACUGAAAUAUAUAAUGAAACUUCUCAUGAUACUGGUGAGAGGAAGUUGCUAUCUUCAGUUUCCACUGCUUUAAUAUUAGCAACAGGAAUUGGUGUACUUGAGGCUUUGGCUAUGUAUUUUGGAUGUGGCCUGCUUCUCAACAUGGUGGGAAUAUCAACAGCCUCACCUAUGCGUAUUCCAGCAGAGCAGUUUUUAUCACUCAGAGCCAUUGGUGCUCCAGCAGUUGUUGUUUCUCUUGCUGUCCAAGGAAUAUUCCGGGGGUUUAAGGACACUAGAACUCCUGUACUAUGUUUAGGUUUUGGCAAUUUGGCAGCAGUGUUCUUGUUUCCUUUACUUAUGUAUAUUUUUCACUUGGGUGUGAUUGGUGCUGCCCUAUCCACUGUCAUGUCUCAGUACAUUGUCACAAUUUUGAUGAUCUGGAGUCUCAAUAAGAAAACUAUACUCUCAAUUCCCAAUAUUAAAAGUCUACACUUCGGUGGAUACUUAAGCUCUGGUGGUUUCCUUCUUGGGAGAACUUUAGCAGCUGUAAUGACCAUUACUUUGAGCACAUCAAUGGCUGCUCGUCUUGGACCCUUAGCCACAGCAGCACAUCAGAUAUGCUUGCAAGUGUGGUUGUCUGUAUCCCUCCUUGCAGAUGCACAAGGAGCUGCUGGUCAGGCUCUUGUUGCAAGUUUCUUGGCCAAGGGUGAUUACAAAACUGUAAAAGAAGUAACUUUCUCCACUUUAAAGAUAGGACUGUUCAGUGGUGCUAUGUUAGCUAUCACAUUGGGUGCCUCUUUUGGUUCCCUAGCAACCCUUUUCACCAAGGACAGUGAGGUCCUAGGCAUUGUCAAAUCUGGCUUACUGUUUGUCAGUGCCAGCCAGCCUAUCACUACUUUGGCUUAUGUCUUUGAUGGCCUACAUUAUGGAAUUUCAGACUUCUCUUAUGCUGCUUGUUCUAUGAUGCUUGUUGGGGCAAUCUCUUCUGCAUUUUUGCUUUUUUCUCCUUCAAUUUUUGGUCUACAAGGAAUCUGGUAUGGUUUAGCUCUUUUCAUGGGCCUGCGGACAGUGGCCGGAAGUAUAAGAUUAUUAUCAAAAAAUGGUCCAUGGUGGUUCUUGCAACCAAACAUUCACAAAUUAAAGUUGUAGUUCUGGAAUAAUCGCAUUACAGAAGUGCUCAGACAGAAUAAUGGAACAGUCUUGUCUACUGAAGACACAAUGGUUCAAUAUGGACAUGACAGAAAUAUGAAUAGGACUAUAAAUACAAGAAUA